UUUUUUUGCCACAAAAAUGGCAAUAAUAAAAAGAAAAUAUUCCAAAAUAAAAUUUAAUAUUUUACUCCAUUUAUUAUUUUCUUUAUUUUUUAUUUUCUUAUUUACCUCUUUAACUUCUUCAUGGUCUAUUGAAUUUCCAUCUCCUUCUUCUUCUUCAACACUUCAAGAAGAAGAACUUCCUUUACAUCCUUUGUCUCCACCCGAACGUUUACCAAAAAAUGACAAAAAAAUAAUUACUAAAAGACAGGCAUAUCAAGUUUAUUUGGGUGGAGAAGCUAGUGUUUCUAUUGAUAAAGGUGCCGAAGACUCUGGACCUUGGGGAGAAUGGACAAAAGAAAGGGAUUGCUCCCGUUCAUGUGGUGGAGGUGUUUUGAUUGAAAGGAGAUUGUGUUCAGACAAUACAUGUCAAGGCCCAUCAAUUAGAUAUAUCUCUUGUAAUAUAGAGCCCUGUCCAGCUGGCACAAAAGAUUUUAGAUUCGAACAGUGUUCUCAACACAAUGAUGACCCUUUGGAUGGAAAAUACUAUAAAUGGAUCCCCUAUGCCGGAAAAAAUAAGUGUGAAUUAACUUGCCGCCCAGAAAAUGCCAAUUUUUAUUACAAAUUUGCCGAAAAAGUUGUUGAUGGAACUAAAUGUGAUGCUUAUAGUGACGAUGUUUGUGUUGAUGCUAAUUGUUUACCUGUUGGGUGUGAUGGAAAACUUGGAUCUGUUGCCAAAAAAGAUAAAUGUGGUGUUUGUAACGGAGAUGGUUCUGCUUGUAAAACAGUCGAGGGUAUUUUUGAUGAAAGAGGAUUAGCUUUAGGUUAUCACGAUAUUGUGUCUAUACCUAUCGGUGCUACAGCAAUUCAUAUAGAAGAAUUGAGACCUUCCAGCAAUGUUUUUGCAAUUAAAAAUUCUACUGGGGAUUGGUUAUUAAAUGGUAAUUAUCAAAUACAAGUAAUUACAAAAAAUAUUAUUGUUGGAGGAAGUGCUUUUAAAUAUGAAAAAGGGGAUGGUGGAACUGAAAAAUUAACAUCAAACGGUCCAUUAACAGAACCUUUAACAAUCUCUUUAUUACUUCAAAGAACAACAACACCAAAAACUAGCAGUGCUGUCAAAUAUGAAUUUUCUAUACCUUUAGAAAAAGAUAUUAAAUAUUUAUGGAAGCCUGGGGAAUGGUCUAGUUGUUCUGUUACUUGUGGGAAAGAUAUUUUGUUGGUGAAUGGGAACCAUGUUCGAGUACCUGUGGAGAUAAAGGACUUCAAUUUAGAGUUCUUUACUGUCAUCGUUUUUGCUGAUGGGCGUCGGACAACAGUUUCAGAUGGAAAUUGUACAGAACGAGGAAUUGAAAGGCCGGAAGCGAGAAGACAAUGCAAUAGAUUUCCUUGCCCCGAAUGGCAAGCAGGCCCUUGGUCCUCUUGUUCUUCACAAUGUGGGGAUGCUAAACAAUUUCGUUCUGUAACAUGUAGAAGUGCUAAAGAAGGGGAAGGUGGGAAAAUGUUACCCGCUGAUGCUUGUCCGGAUAAAGAUGGAAAGCCUCAAACAGAAAGGGAUUGUAAUUUAGGACCUUGUAAAGGGCUUCAAUUUAAAACUACUGAAUGGGAAUUGUGCCAACGUUGCAAUGACACAGAAGAAAGGCGUAAUGUAACAUGCCAGGACCGCAAUGGGAGAGAAUAUCCUUUAGAAAAAUGUUUGGAAACACAAAAAAUUGGGGCAACAAAGAAGACAGAAAAAGCAAAAAUACCGGAAGAUAAACGUCCCUGUGCAAGCCCAGCCCCGUGCCUCUAUGAAUGGCAUUUUUCUCAAUGGUCGAAAUGCAGUACUGAGUGUGGACAUGGACACAAAAGUAGAACUGUAUUUUGUGCUAUAAAUGAGCUUGGACAGACAAAGCGCGUAGAUGAGUCAUUAUGUGGAGGUGAUAAACCUAUUUCACGAGAGGAUUGCCUUAAUGAAGAAAAAUGUGAAGGUGUUUACUUUACUGGACCUUGGUCUGAAUGUUCAGCAUCUUGUAAUGGAGGGAUUCAAACUCGGGCAGUUGUUUGUUUAAAUUAUGACAAAAAGCCUGUACCAGAAUGGUGUGAUGAAAGACUAAAACCUAUUGAACAACAAAUUUGUAACAAUCAAACAUGUCCUGUCUGCUCAGAAAGCGAAUUUGGUUGUUGUCUUGACAAUACAACAUUCGCAACUGGACAAUUCUAUGCUGGUUGUUCUAAUUGUUCAAUUUCUGAAUUUGGUUGUUGCUCAGAUAAUAUAACAGAAAAACAAGGAAAAGAUAAUCAGGGAUGUCCUGGGAGUGAGGAUGUUGAUGUGGAAGGUAGUGGAGAGGAACCAAUUGAGGAGGGAGGGAUUAAAGAAGAACUUUGCACACUUGAGAGUCAAACUGGUGAACGAUUGCAAAUACCUUGUACAACAAUUGCCCCAUCCGUUAUUGUUGGGGAUUUGCUUAAAGCGAAUGUUACUGAAAAUGAAACUAUAAAUUGCUCUAAAACGGAAUUUGGCUGUUGCCCAGAUUGGUAUACCCCGGCAGAAGGUCCGGAACUUGCUGGGUGUCCAGUCUUUACUUUAGGGACUUGUAAUGAAACUAAAUAUGGCUGUUGUUCUGAUGGUGUUACUCUAUCCCGAGGGCCAGACUUUCAAGGAUGUGGAGAACCUACUUGUGCUGCAUCGCUUUAUGGAUGUUGUAAAGACAGGAGAACAAUUGCUUUUGGGCCUAAUUAUGGAGGCUGUGAACGUAGCAGUCUUUCUUGUGAACUCACCGAAUUUGGUUGUUGUCCAGAUGGUACAACUCCCGCUUUAGGCAAAAAUGGAAAAGGAUGUGGGGCAAGUUGUUUAUUGACUAGGUAUGGAUGUUGUCCUGAUGGGAUUACACAUGCAAAAGGUCCGGAUAAUGAUGGUUGUGGAUGUGUAUUUUCUCAAUAUGGGUGUUGUCCAGAUGGAAAAAAUUCGGCAAAAGGGCCAGGAUUUUAUGGCUGCCCAGAAAGUUGUGCCCAAAGUAAAUAUGGUUGUUGCCCUGAUGGACAGACUGCUUCUAGAGGUCCAAAUAAGGAAGGAUGUCCUUGCCAAUAUUCUCGUUGGGGCUGCUGUAAGGAUGGACAAACAACUGCUAUUGGGCCACACGAAGAGGGUUGUGAUGAUUGUAGAUAUGGAAAGUAUUAUGAUAUGGCAGAAGCUAGGUGUGCACAAUUUUGGUAUGGCGGUUGUGGGGGAAAUGAAAAUCGUUUUGGAACUCAAGAGCAAUGUGAACAAAUUUGUGUUGAUCCACCAGGACUUGGUCGGUGUUAUUUACCAAAAGUUGAAGGCUCAAAACGUUGUGAACAAUUAACACCUAGAUAUUCUUAUGAUUAUAUUUCUAAACAAUGUACUGCUUUUUGGCAUACAGGAUGUUUAGGGAAUUCUAAUAAUUUUCUUUCUUGGGAAGAAUGUCAGAGUUUUUGUGCGGGAGCGGAUGCAUCACAAGUCCAAGUUAAUAUUGUUCCAUAUCGAGGACCUAUUCCAAUAUCUCCACAACAUAAUCUUCAACCACCUCUAAUUCCCCAACAACAAUUACCCCAACAACCCCCUCCACCCCCACCACCACCACAACCACCUCAACAACAACCUGUUAUUGCCCCUAUUGUGCCUUCUAUCCCAGAAGAAAAAUUAUAUCCAACACUUCGACCUCAACCUUUAAUUAUACCUCCAAAGAAACCAGAAAUUUCUCCAUUUGAAGAGGACGAUGCUUGUAGAAUGAUGUUAGAUAGUGGAAAUUGCCGAAGUUAUGUGGAUAAAUAUUACUUUGAUGCAUUCAAUGGUGGCUGUUUCCGUUUUAUUUAUAGUGGUUGUGGAGGGAAUAGAAAUCGUUUUAAUACAGAAUCAGAAUGUACUCAACGUUGUGCACAUUUAAUUUCAUCCCCGACAAAAUCUGGAUUUUUAGGCCAUAAACAACAAUUACAGCCAUUACCUUCAGCACACAGAACAAAUGCUCCUUUACCUGGAAAACAAGCUUUUUUAAAAACAAAGGAAAUAUGCAAUCUUCGACCAGACGUUGGCAAAUGUGAAGGACAUUUCGAUAGCUUCUAUUAUGAAUUAGCUACUGGACAAUGUGAACGAUUUACCUAUUCUGGAUGUGGGGGGAAUGGAAACCGAUUUAAUACUCUUGAUGAAUGUCAGGCUGUUUGCCUUCGCCGUCACGAUUUCCCCCCUCCUCCAGGCCCACAAACUCCAUUUAAAAGUGCUUCAGCAUUUGUUCCUCCAGAACCUAGCCAGCCAAUAAUCCCAGCUGCUGCUGGAAGUAUAAUACAAUUAACUGGGAGGGAAAAACAAAAAAAUCAACAACAAAUAUGUGAUUAUUCUAAAGAAACUGGGUCUUGUAAACAAUUUGUUACUAAAUGGUAUUACAAUAAAUCGGAUGGAACUUGUAAUAGAUUCCAUUAUGGAGGCUGUGAUGGAAAUUCUAAUCGUUUUGAUACUGAACAAGAAUGUAGAAAUACUUGUGGUGAUUUUAGAGAUGCGUGUUUAUUGCCAAGUGUUUCUGGUCCUUGUGCUGGUAAAGCUGACCGUUAUUAUUUCGAUUUUCACUCAAAUAAAUGUUCUUUAUUCCAAUAUGGAGGAUGUCUUGGAAAUACAAACAAUUUCCGUACAAUCGAAGAAUGCCAAGCUCGUUGCCAACCAAAUUUAAAAGGUCGAAGAAGACGUUCCUUGUUAUCAGAACAACAAUUUGUGGAAAUAAAUAAUAAUUCAAAUACAGAUAAUUUAUUAAUUAAUAAAAAUGAAAAGAAUAUUUUGAAUAAGCAAAAGGAAGAUGUUUUUGUAGAUGAAAAAGAACAAGAAGAAGAAAUAGGAAAGGAAAAGGAAGAUGAGGAGGAAGGAGGAUUGCUUUAUGGACAAUUACCUGAACUUUGCCUUCUGCCAGAAGAAAGAGGGAAAUGUUUUGGGGAAAUACUUCGUUUUCGUUAUGAUAUAGAUAAAAAUGAUUGUGUCGGUUUUUUCUAUACUGGAUGUGCACAAAAUGUUAAUAAUUUCCUUUCAUACGAAUCUUGUCUUCGUGCAUGUGGAGAUUGGAAAAAUAAAAAUAUUUGUGAAUUAGAAUAUAAUGGGGGAAGUAAAGAAUGUGAAAAUGAAAAUAAAGAAAAUAAUUUUGGAUUAAUUAAAAUACAAAAAUGGUAUUAUGUUCCGAGUGAAAGAAAAUGUAAACUUUUUAUGUGGAAUGGAUGUGGAGGGAAUGGAAAUAGAUUUCAAAGGUUUGGAAAUAAAAUAAGUAAAACAAAAAUAUUUAUUGUUAAUUAA